GGUCCGUUGUGGCGGAACCGGAAAUGCCCGGGAAAAAAUACGUCUGCAGUAGCUUGCUUCCUAGUGCACAAGAAGCUAGGUAGCUAUGUUGUUUUGCAUCCUUAUAACUCGUGCGCAAAGAUAGAUAGUUUUGAAUUUGCCAACUAUGAAACGGAAUCCCAAGAAAACACUAGCCGCAGCAAGUAAGAAGACGCCGUGCUCAAAAUAGCUGUUAGGUUUUCAGCAUUGAAAAUGGACAGAGACCUAUUGCGACAGUCCUUGUCAUAUCAUGGACCGAGUCUGUAUUCAUUUCUAAAAGGUGAACAGAAUGAGAAUCCGGACUUUAAGUUAAUUGCGUCAGACCUCUCCAAGGCCCCGAACCAAAGGAGAGACAAGAGUACCGACAGUGCGUCUGUUGAGCAGUUCAUCGCUAGAAAAGCGGAUCUCCUGUUUGCGCAUUCGUGGAAAUCGAGCACGCCCGCUGAAGACGAGUGGCCGGAAGAGACGGAAGAGCCAUAUGCAGUCAUGCCGCCUCUGGAGCAGUUUUUGGACGUCCCAUUCGAUGAAAGGCGGGACCUGUUCUACCGGGAUGUGGAGCGCGGGGACGCAGUUAUCGGGCGAAUCAACUCCAUCCGGGACUUUGGAUUUUUCGUCACACUCGUUUGCGUGGGCGGAGGACUAGAGAGGGAUAUCGAGGACCUGGAGCUCACAGCACUGUGUCCCAUCAGAGACGUGCCGUCCAAUGGAAACCACGACGACCCUCUAUCAUACUACCAUAUCGGAGAUCUCAUUAGAGCUGGGGUGAAGGACAUUGACCGUUACCAUGGCAAACUGACCCUCUCUCUCCACACCUCUUCACUCUCCCCACACCUGGCCAAGCUGAAGCUGGGGGUGAUUAGUAAAGAAGACCUGCCGUUACACUACAUCCGAGGUGAGAAAAUAGCCAAUGGCAGUACUGACACCUAUGAGCAGGUUCUAGAAAGCUCCCUGGGAUUCUCCAACCCGUCGAACGUGGAGUUCCUCCUGCGAAGGCUUGGCAUCAGUGAAGUGCAGCCGCCAUCGCUGAUGAGGGGCCUACAGAGCAAGUAUUUCCAGGAGGACGACUACGGGACGUCCAUCAGAAAGAAGCAGUCGGCCUCCUGGGCCUUGAAAUGUGUGAAGAUCGGAGUGGACCACUUCAAGUCCGGACGACACGUUGACGCGAUGAACGAGUACAACAAGGCCCUGGAGAUCGACACGAACAACGUGGAGGCUCUGGUGGCCCGCGGCGCGCUGUACGCCACGAAGGGAAGCCUGGUCAAGGCGAUGGGCGACUUUGAGCUGGCUCUGGAGGCCUGCCCAACGCACAGGAACGCCAAGAAGUACCUGUGCCAGACGCUGGUGGAACACGGCGGGCAGCUGGAAGAGCAGGAGAAGCUGGUCACGGCUGAAGGUCUGUACAGGAAAGCCCUGGCAUUGGACGAGACCUUCCAGGAGGCGGAGGAAGCCCUGAAGAAGCUGCAGCUGCGCAUCCAGAAAUCCCUGAAACGGAAGGAAGAGGAGGAAGCAGCGAGGGAAGAGAGAGAGUCUCAGUGUGUGGAGACGAGCGCGGAAAAAUUGCGUAAGAUCUUAAAAGAAGAGAAAAGAAUGAAAAGGAAAAGGAGGAGAUCAUCGUCUUCAUCCUCAACAUCCAGUACCACCUCCUCCUCCUCCUCCUCCUCCUCCAGCUACAGAAAGUCAAAGAAGAGGAAGCGCAAGCACAGGAGGUCCUCGCGUAGCCAUAGGAAACGCCACCGCAGGGUGUCCUCCCGCGACGCCAAAGAGGACUGCUACCCGGCGCCAGCAAACACGUCCGCUUCCUUCCUGUGCCAGAAACAGGAAGUGGCGAAGCUGCUGGGGGAGCCGGAAAGGCCAGAGGAUUCUGGCAGGUCGUAUGCCAAAGGUCGAAGGUCGCGCCUCUCGACAUCCUCUCCGUCGGUCGGCAUCGCGGACGCCCGUCGAGGUAGGUGUGAAGACAAUCCCGUUUUUGGCGCCGGAGAGGGAGGCCGGGAGAAAGAUCCGUGUGAGGAGGAGUUCGGGCCUCUGGCUUCUCCUCGGAGCCGCGAGGUCCGGGCCGGGGAGAGGAGGCUGAGCGGGAGAGAGAAGGAGGAAGCCGGAGUCCAGAGGAGGGCCGAGGAGGAGCGCGGCCCGUACGAGAACGCGAGAGGCAGGAAGUGCUCCGAGUCCUCCACCGGCUCAGAGUAUUCUCGCCAGUCCGAUUGGCCCGCCAAAGAGCACCCCGCUCGGGGCGGCAGCCGCCGAGGGUCUGACAGCAGCUGGCACGAACCCCCCUCGAGCGCCGACAGGAAACUGGCGAGCGCGAGAACUUCAGACCGCGGCGGGUCGCGUAACGGUCAGGGGGCGUCCGGCGGGAACUCGAAUAAAGGCCUGCCGACAAACCUUCUGGACAUCUUCAGCCAGAUAGCGGAGUUUGAGAAGGAGAAGUGCGGGAGCCUGAAGAAAUGAGCCGAGCGUGUCGGGCUACCUUCAGGGGCAGCGGUGCCGUACGCCUCCUCCGCUGUGCGCCACCGUAAGGACAGGAACUCCGGACGGCAUUGGGGCCCGUGUUCUAACACUGUAACGUGCUCUGGGAUUAAUCAGAGGGCCCCGGGUCCUGUUGAUUGCAGCCAGACGAUCCUGAACUGGUGCGCAGGUUAAUCUGCAGAAAUCCUGGGUCCCCGGGCCAGGUGCUGCCGUGAGCCGCUGGUGCUAUUGGUGCUUAAAUGUAUUUGUAACGGCGUAAAAGUGGGGAACAGACCAUUAGUUGCUUCAUCCUUCAUUCACACUGAAAAACCUACUGAUAUUAAAGUCCGUGAGACCCGUGUUGUUCUGGGAUAUUUUACCAGUCAGUACGCUGUGAAAAUACAGAGCUGUUCAGCUACCCGCGUCGGCCACAUGGCCUCUUAAUCCUUUCUGUCAGCUGUAGCAGUAGUCAAUAGUGAAACAUUAACGGCCUACAAACCUUUUUUUGUUGUUGUUGUGUUUUUGUGCUCAGAAUUUCAUAAAGAAUUUGAUCUACAGUAUGCAGAAAUGUGCCAAGCAAUGUAUUUUUUUUCUUUUUUCUCCCAACAGUUGGUACUCAUUAGUUUUGAGCUCGUGUUAAAGCGCGUAUGAACGUAUGAAAUUCUGCGUGUACAUGCAUAUCGUGUAAUAAAAUACACCACAUGGC